AUGCGGAAACUAGACUCUUCCUCUCGAUUGGCUCGUCUCCGGGAGGAACUCCGGAAACGCAACUUAGACGCCUACUUUCUGCCAAUGGAAGAUAGCCAUUUUAACGAGUAUCUGGCAGCUGCGGAUAAACGCAUUGCUUUCAUUUCUGGGUUUACCGGAUCUGCAGGUACAGCGGUAAUAACAACGGAUAAGGCUGCUCUAUGGACUGAUGGCCGUUACCACGAUCAGGUAGGAACAUUCGUCAUCUGUUGUGAGUGA